AAAAUCAAACUCAGAAAAUUCAAACGCCUCCAUAGAUUCUCACUGUUCUCACCUUCCAACUCCCACGUUUCACCUUUCACAACUUUCCUCUUCCUUUUCUCUGCUGUUCUUCUGCACUCCAUUGACGAAUUGAAGUUUUUCUCACUGAGCAAUUUUGCUGAAAGUGUGAAACAUACUUGAAGAAGAACAGCUACACGCAGAUAAAUUUUUGUGUUACCGAUUUUUGGUGGAGCUGAGUGAGUCGGUCAAUGUCGGGUUCGUCGUCUAGAGGGAGAAGUACUUCGCCAUUUCACCGCCGUAAGCCUUCGAGUCCGUACUCAUCUACUUCGUCAUCGUCGUCUUUCAUGAACGGUAGGCUCAUGCCUCGAUCCAGCUCUUCCACAGCGACAUCGUUUUUGGGCUCCGGAACUGGCGCGAGCUCCAAAUCCGUGACUCCUGGACGGAACCGGAGCAAUUCGGAGUAUUCACGAGGUUAUGGAAAUCGGACGCCGGUGAGUUAUCAGUCAACAGAGGAGUUGAUUGCUGAACCAGUUGAUAUGUCUAGAGCGGGAGAGAGUAUUUCAGUCACAGUUAGGUUUCGGCCAUUGAGCGAACGAGAAUACAACAAGGGGGAUGAAAUUGCGUGGUAUCCUGAUGGUGAUAAAAUUGUACGGAAUGAGUAUAAUGCUGCAACAGCUUUUGCAUUUGACAGAAUUUUUGGACCUGAUACAUGUACACAAGAGGUUUAUGAAGUUGCUGCUCGACCUGUGGUACAGGCUGCAAUGGAGGGCAUAAACGGCACAGUAUUUGCUUAUGGUGUUACAAGUAGUGGAAAGACACACACUAUGCAUGGAGAUCAAAAUUCUCCAGGUAUAAUUCCACUCGCAAUUAAGGAUGUUUUUAGCAUUAUUCAAGAUACUCCUGGACGUGAAUUCUUACUUCGUGUAUCAUAUCUUGAAAUCUAUAAUGAGGUUAUCAACGACUUGCUGGAUCCAACGGGACAGAAUUUGCGUGUUAGGGAGGACACCCAGGGCACUUAUGUUGAAGGUAUGAAGGAGGAGGUUGUUUUGUCACCUGGGCAUGCUCUUUCAUUUAUUGCUGCUGGGGAAGAGCACCGCCACGUUGGUUCAAACAAUUUCAAUCUGUUUAGUAGCCGCAGUCAUACAAUAUUCACCUUGAUGAUUGAAAGUAGUGCCCACGGUGAUGAAUAUGAUGGAGUGAUCUUCUCACAGCUUAACUUGAUUGAUCUAGCUGGAUCUGAGAGCUCUAAAACUGAAACUACAGGGUUACGAAGAAAAGAAGGAUCAUACAUUAACAAAAGUCUCCUGACUCUUGGAACUGUCAUUGGAAAAUUAAGUGAAGGGAAGGCAUUUCAUGUUCCAUAUCGAGAUUCUAAACUUACUCGCCUGCUACAAUCUUCACUUAGUGGGCAUGGACAUGUUUCUCUCAUCUGCACUAUUACUCCUGCUUCCAGCAAUAUGGAAGAAACACAUAACACGUUAAAGUUUGCAAGCAGGGCUAAGCGUGUCGAGAUUUAUGCAUCUCGCAACAAGAUUAUUGAUGAGAAAUCGCUGAUCAAGAAAUAUCAGAAAGAAAUAUCUUGUCUGAAGGAAGAGCUUGAUCAGCUAAGAAGGGGGAUGCUUGUAGGAGUCAAUCAUGAAGAACUUAUGACCUUGAAACAACAGUUGGAAGAGGGACAAGUGAAGAUGCAGUCAAGGUUGGAAGAGGAGGAGGAUGCCAAGGCUGCUCUACUGAGCCGGAUACAGAAGCUAACUAAACUGAUCCUUGUUUCUUCAAAGAAUUCAAUUCCUGGGAGUCGAUUUGCUUCUGAAGAUGAUAAGUUGAAUGGUUCAGUGCCCAUAGAUAGUGAGCACCAAAGAGAUUCUUCAUCAGAGACUUCUAAUUUCAAACACGGAAGAUCUUCUAGCAAGUGGAAUGAUGAUAUCUCCCAGGCUGGCGGUGUGAUUACUGAAUCAACUCAGGGGGGUGACCUUGUCACCGGUUCAAAGCUUCCCAUAGAAGGAGUUUCAUUGUCUGAUCAGAUGGACCUCCUAGUUGAGCAAGUCAAGAUGCUUGCUGGAGAGACUGCAUUUAGUACGAGUACAUUGAAACGAAUGAUAGAACAGUCUGUGAAUGAUCCUGAGAAUUCAAAAUCUCAUAUUGAAAUUCAAAGUUUGGAGCGUGACAUUGAAGGCAAGAGAGAGCAGAUGAGGAUCUUAGAACAGCGCAUUGUUGAAAGUGGUGAAGUAUCAAUCAGCAGUGCAUCCUUAGUUGAAAUGCAGCAGACUUUGAUGAAGCUGAUGACGCAAUGUAGCGAAAAGGGAUUUGAGCUUGAGAUAAAAUCAGCAGACAAUCGGAUUCUCCAGGAAGAGCUGCAGAACAAGUGUUUAGAGAACAAGGAACUGCAGGAAACUAUUUGUAAUCUUGAGCAGCAGCUAGCUGCAGUGAAGGUGGAGAAGUCAUACCCCUCAACAGAACAGGGUCUUCUAUCAGACAAGUAUAUUGAUGACCUUGAAAAGAAACUCCAGUUGCAGGUUAUUGAGAAUGAUAAGUUGAAGUUGGAACUAGUUCAGAGUGUAGAGGAGAGUAGUGGAUUGCGAGUACAGAACCAGAAAUUGUUUCAAGAGACCUCAUAUGCAAAAGAAUUAGCAUCUGCUGCGGCAGUUGAACUUAAAAAUUUGGCUGGUGAAGUGACAAAUCUAUCGAUACAGAAUACAAAACUCGAGAAAGAACUGUUGGCCGCUCGACAGGCAUUAAAUUCUAGGAGCACCAUUGCACAAACUGGUAAUGUUCGCCACCGAAAGCAUGGCGAAAACCUAUGGCAAGGACGUAGAAGUCGGGUUUCUGACCGAGAAAGUGAAGUUCCUGGAGUUGUUCGUGAUGGAUUUGGCACAUGGGAUCUAGAUACUAAAGAUUUAAAAAUGGAGUUGCAGGCAAGAAAACAACGUGAGGCAGUUCUUGAGGCCGCCUUGGUUGAGAAGGAAAUACUUGAAGAUGAGUACCGGAAAAAGGUUGAAGAGGGAAAGAGAAGGGAGGCAGCUCUGGAAAAUGAUUUAGCAAAUAUGUGGGUGCUCAUUUCUCAGCUAAGGAAAAAGAAUGGUGACACGCAAGAUGUAAAGACAGUAACAGGAAGGCAGAAUGUUGGAAGAGGCAAUAUGAAUGAUCCAGAAAUGUUUGAUAGUGAGUACAAUGACCCCAUCCUCGAUGAUGGACAAACCGUGGAUCAUGCAACCUCUGUUGCUGAGAUUCUGAAGGAAGACCCUCUUGUUGCCCACUUGAAGGCUCGAACGCAAGAGAUGAAGGAAAAGGACCACACAUAUGUGGGGAAUGCAGAUGCAAAUUCACAUGUAUGUAAAGUCUGUUUCGAAUCACUAACUUCUGCAAUGCUCCUUCCUUGCCGACAUUUUUGCUUGUGUAAAUCUUGUUCCCUGGCCUGUGCUGAGUGUCCAAUCUGUCGAACUGAAAUUGCAGAUAGGAUUUUUGUCUUUACUUGAGACGCCAUUUCAAGUGCUUGAGCUUUGGUGAAAGGAAGGUUCUCUUCGCACUUGUGAAACUCACUUUCUCAUGACAAUUCUUUAAAUGGAUUAACUGUAUGUAAUGUCAAAGCAGUAUACCUUUUCCCCCACUUAUCCACCAAGUAACUGUAAAUUAAGAAAGAUAAGGGGACAAAGGAAACAGUCGAAUUAGUAAAUUUGAACUCUGGGAGUAGCUUCUGGCCACAGUUUGAUCUCCUCACUUCAGCUGUAGUAUAUAGAGAACACAACUGCAAUGACAAUGUUGCGUCGUGUAAGUAAAAUAUUUUGAGCUUGUACAUCAUUGGGGCUAUAUUCUUGUUCUCUUUGGUCUGA